AUGUGGUCCACGCAGACGAUCAUUAAUUCAAUGCCAUCUGUAAAGCUUCAGUUUGAGGAAGCAGCAUACGAAGAUGAUGCUGAUAUUGUAAUUCUCUGGGCAGAAGGCGAUCAUGGUGAUGCUUACAAAUUUGAUGGUACCGGUAAUCAUACCAAUAUUUUGGCUCAUACAUUUUAUCCAACAUAUCAAGAAGAUGGUCGUUUGAAUGGCGAUAUUCAUCUCGAUGAUGCGGAAAAAUGGAUCAGUAGUAGUAAAGGUGAUGGUACCUCAUUCCCCAAUGUAUUCAUCCAUGAAAUUGGCCACUCAUUAGGAUUGGGUCAUAGUAAACGUUCAGAUGCUAUUAUGUAUCCAAUUUAUAAGAAGGAUAUGAUCGAUAAUGCAUCCUUUGACUUGGACGACAAAUGCGCAUUGAAUUGGAACUACAUCGGUCCUACCAAUCUAUGUCUAUUUGUAUGGUUAAUGUCUGAAGUACUACCAAGACAAAUCGGGCACAAAGUGAAUGAUUAUGCUUCGGGAGUGAAUUUUAAUAUUAUUCAAAGGAUGACCGAAGAUGGAGAUUCUCAAUCUAAAAUAAGUACACUUAAAGAGCAAUUACAAGAAAUGGGUAUACCGUUAUGCCACGAUAAUAAUAAUGUAAGGGAAAAAUUCGAGCGUCUUCUAGAAAAGAAACUUAAUUUCCCUAUUCGAUAUGCUUCUGAAUACGGCGAUGUGAUGUGUAACUUUCUGGCUGGUCUACGAAAACGAUUGGAUGAAUAUGGAGCUGAUAAGCUCUUUGAUCAAGAAACUUUACAGGUUUCAUCUGUCGAUUAUCUAAAAAUUUUAUCGCAACCGUUGCGAUUUCCUUUGCGACGGAAGCAGCGACAUCUUCAUUCGGAGCGAUCUUCCAAUCGGCACCACCGUCAUCAGCAACAAUCUGCGGUUGCGAAUUCCAUUUUUAAUUCGGAAUUUUUUACUGAUGACUUCUACAAACAAUUUUUAAUGAUUUAUGUGCAAUAG